AUGAGUGACUCCGACUCCGAACUAUCGGCGAGCCCUUCACCGCCGCAGUCGCCAGACGCCAGUCUACACUACCACGGUCCGCCUAGCCUAGAAAGACUGGUCGUCCGCUUUGUCGAAGCAAAGAGAUCUCUGAACGCCACCAGCCAUGUCUACCGCGCCAAUGAGCUGGUCACGAGCUCACGUUCUCUGAUUGAAGAAAUUGCUGCACUGAAUGCCAAGAAUGCGUAUGCGAAGAAAGGUCUGGACGAGCAAGCAGAAACGCUGGACGCUAUUCGAGAUGCCUUGAUCGAUGAUGGCACCAAGCUAUCGGACGAGUUCGAUGCUACGAUAGCAAAUCUGGACAGCGCCCAUGCCAGGCUGGACAACACUCUGACUCAACUGAGGAAGACCAUCGUCACUGCUCAUGAGCAGCAGCAGCCGGAGGCGGCAUCUUCUACCUCUGAUACGGAAGAAGAGUCCAAGACUCUUUUCGACUUCAUCGACGAGGCUACGCAUGAGAGUGUGCUGUCUUCUCUACGAGGCUUGAUUGACCACUACCACGAAGCCAGAUCGGAGCUCAGCACCGACCUGGCUGCCUUCGAGGCUACUCUCAAAGGAAUUGCCCAGAAACUGGCAGAUGAUACCAACGGCGUGUCCGAUGAGCCUGACAGGCCGAUGAUUUAUGAUGAACCGCCUUCUUCGAUAUCAGACCUCUUCCACGGCAUGGAGGAACAUGCUACGGAAAUGGCGUCUCUGCUCGAAAACUUGGUCAAUCACUACGACCUGAGCGUGACAGCUCUUAGGCACACCGAGGGAGGCGGGGAAGCUGCUAAAUUAGCAGUCCAGCAAGCAGCUGAGCUGAGUACCAAGGAUGUUGCCAAACCUGAAGAAAGCCUGUAUGGGCAAGCAGCCGCUGAGCCGAUUUCCGACGAAGAGCGAUACGACAUGCUCGCUGUCCUGGAGAAGGACGCUCAAGAAGUCGAGGACGUAGUCGUUGAGAUUCGAGAUCGUGCUGCGGAGCUUGAAGGCCAAUAUGGAUCACUUUCCGUCUAUGCUCGCAAGGCACGUCUUCGCAACAAAACCCUCCGACAAGUCCUCGAUUCCAUGCGAGACAUGCGUGCGGCAAUCCCGCGACAUCUGGAAUCUGCUUCCUCGUUCCGCGAAACCUGGGUUGACAUUCGUGACCAGAUGCACGCAAAGACUACAGAACUUACCGACUUGAGUAUCUUCUGUGAGCAGUUCUUCGGUGGCUACGGCAAGCUUUUGAAGGAGGUCGAGCGACGGAAAGCGAGCGAGGCUGCUAUGAAGCGCAUUGCGGAUAAGGCACGCAAAGAGCUUGACAGGCUGUACCACGCUGAUCAUGCCGCCAGGGAGGAGUUCAUGGAAGAUGUGGGCGUUUUCCUACCGAGAGACCUCGGCGUCUGGCAUGGGCUAGAGGAAGACAGCACGAGGUGGGAAGUCAGACCAGUAUACGCUGACCAUGAAGAACAGCCGCGCUUGCUUGAUGGGUCAUGA